AUGGGCGAUAAUCCACUAUUAAUGACAGAUAUAUUCACUUAUAUAUCGCCGUUAUGCCUUAUCGCGCUAUUCUUCUUCUGUUUUUGUCGUUUUCUUGCACGACCAUGCAUCGCUUCAUCCUCAUCACGCUCAUCUCGCUCAACCAAUGAGUUCUCAGCAACACAAGGUGCUGCUGCCAUAACGCCGUCACAUCGUAACGAACGACGCAGAGAACGAAAUCAAAGGCGGCGUCGAUCACGAACAAUACCCGCCACAGUACGCGUUCAGCCAACAGGGCAGCUACCUCCAAUUCACCUUAUAUCAGCUGACUUCCCCGAGAUAAUGAUUGUUCGUCCGGGUGAUGAACCGCCGAAAUACGAGGACGCAAUUAAACUGAAAGAUGCCACCCCUCCAGCUUACACACCAACCAUAACCCAAACAACUACGCACACUUCAUCAGCAACCACCGCAACCGCUCCAUCGAUAAGCACGGGACAUGAAGAUCGUGAAAGAGGUACCGUAUCGGAUUGCGUACAUAGCGUUCAGUCGACUGAAUCACGGACAAGAGACGAUCCAGAAAGUAGUCACGCUCCGAUAAGGCGGACGCAUUCACUUCCUCAUACGUAA